AUGAGACUUUGGGUUUUGGCAAUUUUAAGCUUUCUCAGCCUUUCCACAGCAGCUAUGCUUAGUAAGUAUUCAAACAAAUGGGGUCUGGAAAAUGAGGCUUUAAUUGUAAGAUGUCCUAGACAAGGAAGCUCUUCAUACUCUGUGGACUGGUAUUACUCAGAAACCAACAGAAAGAUUACUACCAAGAAAGAAAAUCAUGUAUUUGCCUCAAGGGAACUUCUUAAGCUUCUCCCCGCCAAAGUCACCGAUUCUGGAGUUUAUACCUGCAUUAUCAGAAGUCCUACUUUCAAUAAGACUGGAUAUGUGAAUGUCACCAUAUAUAAAAAACAACCAGAUUGCAAUAUUUCAGAUGACUUCAUAUAUUCAACAACAUCUGGGACAGAAAAAAAUUCCAGAAUAUAUUGUCCUACUAUUAGCCUCUACAAUUGGACGGCUCCUGUUGAGUGGUUUAAGAAUUGUAAAGCUCUUCAAGGAUCAAGGUACUACACACAAGGGACAUAUUUGCUGAUUGACAAUGCAACUAGCAAGGACUCGGGUGAUUAUACAUGCAAAUUUAUGCACAAUGAAAAUGGAGUCAAUUACAUCGUGACAGCAACCAGAUCAUUCACAGUUCAGGAUGAGAAUGGCUUCUCUUCGUUUCCAGUAAUUAUAGCCCCUCCACAAAAUGAAAUAAAAGAUGUAGAAAUCGGAAAAACAGCAUACAUUACUUGCUCAGCUUGCUUCGGGAAAGGCUCUCAGCUCAUGGCUGCUGUCCUGUGGCAGGUUAACAGAAGCAAAGUUGAGAACUUGAGUAAUGUAAGAAUUCAAGAGGAGCGAGAGCAAAAUCAAAGUUCUAGCAAUGACCUGACUUGUCAAAGCAUCGUUUUAAGAAUAGCUGAUGUGAGAGAAGAGGAUUUGUUGCUGAAGUAUGACUGUCUGGCUCUGAAUUCACAUGGCCUGACAAAGCGCAGAGUAAGACUAAGGAAAAAGCCAAUUGAUCAUCAAAGCACCUACUACAUACUUGCAGGAUUUGGCACAUUGUUAAUGCUAAUCAAUAUUAUGAUGAUAAUGCUGAAAGUGUUCUGGAUUGAGGUUACUCUAUUCUGGAGAGACACUGCUGGACAUUACAAAACUAGUAAUGAUGGGAAGAUCUAUGAUGCAUAUGUGAUCUACCCGCGGACCCACAAAGAUAAUCCAGAGGCGACAAGUUCUGUGGAGUACUUUGUUCACCAGAUUCUGCCUGAUGUUCUUGAAAAUAAAUGUGGCUAUAACUUAUGCAUUUAUGGCCGAGAUCUGUUACCUGGAGAAGAUGCGGCCACUGCGGUGGAAACCAACAUACAGAAGAGUAGGCGGCACAUUUUUAUCCUGACGCCUCAGAUCUUACACAGCAAGGAGUUUGCCUACGAGCAGGAGAUCGCCUUGCACAGCGCCCUCAUCCAUAACGACUCCAAAGCGAUUCUGAUUGAAAUGGAGGCUCUGAGUGAGCCAGGCGGGCUGCAGGGGAUGGAGAUGCAAGAUUCCCUCAGGCACCUCAUGAAAGUGCAGGGGACCAUCAAGUGGAGGGACGACCACGUGGCCAACAAGCGGUCCUUGAAUUCCAAAUUCUGGAAGCACGUGAGGUACCACAUGCCUGUGCCAAACAAACCUCCAAGAAAGCCUUCGCAUUUGGCUUCCCUGAGUGCCCAGGGGCCGCAGUGCCUGCGUGGACAUGCUGACACACCAGAUUUUGUAAAUGCGAACACCUCUUAG